UAAUCGUCUUCUUCUCGCAGGCCCCAAUCAUUUUUGUUCGAAGGUUGAGGGGAAAGGAAUAAGCAGCGAUGUUGAAGUUCCUGUCUAAAGUGAAGAUCGAAUUCAAUGCCCUCGAUCCACGCUUAGCGUCUUGCAUGGAAUUCUUGGCGCAGUGUAAUGCUCGCAAGGCCAAGGAAUCCAACCCCGCUUGCCAAUUGAUCGUCAAGCGCCGAACCGACGACCACCCGCCCCAGAUCGCCGUCACCUUCGUCAAUGGAGUUGAAGAGGUGUUUGACGCUACCUCUACUCCUGCUCAAACAAUCAGGAAUAUGAUUCUUGAAAAGGGCCAACUCCUUGAGACCGAGCAAAUGUUCCGAGAAGCUGGGGAAACUUGGCCAGUUAUCAUUCCCGAUGAGGAGCUCAAGCAGCCCCUUUCCGGUAUCAAGCCUAGAAAAGCAGAAGACAAGCAGUAACUUUGUCACAGUUGAUCAAAUCACGGAUAGAUUGGAAGGGUGGAUACUAUUUUCAUAACCUUGGGCUGUCGACAAUAGAAUCAAUUUCCGUGGAGUAGGAACAGGACUGAGAUGUUUUCCGUUCUAAAUUCCAUAGGGAUUUUUUUAGUCUCGUCUUCUUAGAGUCGAAGAAUUCCACAUCAGGUUCCAAAUGUGGUCUGUGGAUGUUACCAAUACGUUAUAACGAAUUUGAAAUUUGCACUGGUAGGAUUUGUUGCGCAGUCAAUUCCAGAUACCCCAAGUCCCAUAAAAAUUAGAAUUUUCCAUUUAGGUUGUAGUAUGAAACACGUUCUCUUUACCAUCUCCCCAUUUAUUGUGACAUAGUGUGAAUUCCCCUAAUAUUAGUUUAAAAUCCACUUACAUUAGAAGAUAUUUGUUGAUACAAAUUUUCUGUAUAAACAAA